CUCGAUUAAACGUAUAAUAAAACAGAAAAUUGAACAAAAUACUCGAUUCUCAUAGUUUGCGUGACACUACGAGAGUCGAUCAACCAAACUUAUUUUUCGCAAGGAGUUGUGGGUAUACAGGAAAGCUUCAAGAUGUCUGCCCUCAUGCGUAAAUGUGCGAAUCAAGUCUGUAGAACGUUUAUCGUUGGAGUUCACAGGGGAAACUAUUUAGCAAACACACGGCCAAGAUGUCUUUGUGUGACAGCAAGACUCUUAACAGAAGAAGACGAGAAACCAUUUAUGAAGCCAGUCAUCAAGAAUUGGAAGUAUGUGUACUCAGAUGCUGAACUAAAAACUGGGAUUCAGUAUAUGGAAUCAGAAGAAUACACCGAAAAAUAUGGAAAGAAACCGGUGUGGGUAGGCUACAGGAGAAAUCACAAGGGACAUGUGCCACCUAUGAAAACAAGAAAGCAGUGCAUUAGAGGAGAUAAGAUGUGUUCAAAUGCCUGCCCUAUUUGUAGAGAUCAAAACUUAGUUCUACAUUUUAAGAAUGUGAAAUUACUGCAACAGUUUAUAUGCCCACAUUCAGGACAGAUUUACAAAGAUACAGCUGUGGGAGUUUGUCAGAAGCAGUAUGAAAAGUUGAACAAUGUAAUUGAGGAAGCUAAAUUCAAAGGCUUGUUACCUUUCACAGUGACACAAGUGGAAUAUGAUUAUGACCAAUACUAUGGCAACAAGGAGAAGAAAAGUAAAUUAAGACAUUCAUCAUGAAAGAAUUUCUGUUAAAACAUUACUGGUCAAUUUGGACGGAAUUGAAGUUAUCUGUUUGUAGCAAUGCAUUGUAGUUGUUUGUACCCCAUCCAUUAUCUGAGCUAGUGGCUUAUUCUCCAUGUAUCAUAAGUUGUAAAGGCCUUUGUGAUUGGCUGACCUGUGACUAACACCAUUCCUGAUUGAAUAAUAUCAAACUACUAGUAUUUAAAAUUAUGGUCUGUCUUGUUUUUACUUUGCAUUCAUCUUGUAUUCAUCAAGGAUCUUCCCUGAGAUUACAGAUUUAUUUAGGUCUAUAUUUGCAAGAAAAUCUGUUUUACUUAUAAUAAAAGGAAUUAUUGC